AUGCCUUUGAUCCUGCUCUCCAUAUUCUGUCUCAUUAUUCCAACUCAAGCAAUAGUCAUGGAGGAAACACCUGAAUCUAAGUACUAUGAAGUUGUUCAUCCUAAAAAGUUGCACAUUUUGCACAAAAGGGAAUUACAGAACAAUCAGAAAGAGAAACUUGGCAGAGAGGAAACAUAUGAUCCUGAAAUUCAAUAUCAAAUUAAAAUAAAAGGAGAAGAGGUCAUUCUUUACCUGCAAAAAACCAAGAAUCUCCUGGGGCCAGACUACAGUGAAACAUAUUAUUCACCCACAGGAGAGGAAGUCACCACAAGACCGAAGGACAUGGACCAUUGCUACUAUGAAGGGCACAUCAUAAAUGAAAAGAACACUGUUGCCAGCAUUAGUACUUGUCAUGGAUUGAGAGGCUACUUCACACAUCAUGAUCAAAAAUACAUGAUAAAGCCUUUGAAAAGUACAGAUGAAGAAGACCAUGCUGUCCUCACAAAUAAUCAAGAGGACUUAGAUUCAACUAACUACACCUGUGGCAAGAGAAAUGUGGGCAGUGAAAGUCUUCUAAGAACUGCAAGGUCACUCAAUAGCCCAGGACAAAAUGAAUUCCUUCAAGCUGAUAAAUACAUUGAUCUCUUUUUGGUGCUGGAUAAUGCCUUUUACAACAACUAUAAUAGGAAUCUCACGAUGAUAAGAAGCUUUGUUUUUGAAGUGAUGAAUUUACUCAAUGUGAUUUAUAAAACCUUAAAUAUACAAGUGGUCUUGGUAGGUAUGGAAAUAUGGUCCAAUGGUGAUAAAAUAGAGGUGGUGCCCAAUGCAGGAAACACCUUUUCCAAUUUCCUGAAUUGGCAUCGUUCCAACUUGCGGAAUCAGAAGCUCCAUGACCAUAUUCAGUUACUCAGUGGAAUUAACUUCAAGAAACCCCAGGUGGGAUUGGCAGCUUCAAAUUCCUUGUGUUCCUCAUCUUCAAUUGCUGUUAUUGAGGCUAAGAACAAAAACAGUGUAUCUCUAGUAGGAAUCAUGGCACAUGAGUUGGGUCAUGUCCUUGGAAUGCCUGCUGUCCAUUAUUUCUACAAAGUGCCCCUUCUGGGUAGUUGUGUAAUGGAAUCCAAUCUUAGUUCGAAAUUCCCAAAAGAUUUUAGUACAAUCAGCCACUCUCGUUUUGAAAAAUUUAUUUUGUCUAAAAAGCCAAAGUGCCUGCUACAAGCACCUAAUCCUAAAAGUAUAAUGCCAGAACCAGUGUGUGGAAACAAGCUUCUGGAAAGUGAGAAAGACUGUGAUAGUGGCUCCCCCAAGGAAUGCACAAAUCUUUGCUGUGAGACUGAGACCUGUAAAUUCAAACCUGGGAAUGGCUGUGGAGGCACUCUGAACCAUCUCAAGAGACUUUCGCCCACCAGAAGACUUUGCCCAGGAGGCCAGUCAGCCAUGAACAGAGAACAGAAAGCAGAUGUCCUCAACCUUGGAGUGCGCCCUGCAGGGUGGUCGCUUUUCCGCAGCGGGAGAGCUCAGCCCUACAGCUCAGAGCUCCUACCGCGCCCUGUUCCUGCAUUUCACUCUUUUCCCCUGAGUCAUAGGAUCUGUGACUAG